AUGGGAGAGAAAAUUGUAUAUGAUGAUGUAUUGGUAUUACUAGGAGAAUUUGGUCGAUGUGCUCUUCCAGGUUAUGAUAAUGAUACAUAUCAAAUACAAGAUGAUUACCAUAGUUACCUUAUUAACCAAUCCAUUCCCUCGCAUUCUAGCUGUAUGUUACGUAAUCAAUCUAUAGACCAGAAUGGGAAUUUGACUUCAAGAGAAUAUAAAUGCCAAUCUUGGGUUUAUGAUAAAUCUCUGUUUACAGCUACGUUAGUUACGAAGUUUGAUCUGGUAUGUGAUAAUGCUGUAUAUCAGACGAAUGCUGUAAUGGUUUUAUUUCUUGGUUUGUUUAUUGGUUACACCACUUUAAGCACGGCCUCUGACAUAUUUGGUAGAAAACCAGUAAUGCUAGUUUCAAACUUUGUAUUUGUAAUCUCCAACUAUCUAAUGAUUUGGUCACCAAAUUACAUAUCACUUAUGUUGAUAAGAUUUUUCAUUGGAUUAAGUAUGUCAGGCCAAGUUUUAGUUUUGUAUAUUAUUGCUCUCGAAUUUGUUGGGCCGGAUCAGAGAAUUUAUGCAGGUGUUGGUUCCUUCUUCACAUGGAUUGUUAGUUGUUUUAUUUAUAUUUGUGCGGGAUACUUCCUUCGUGAUUGGCAACAUUUACAUAUAUUUGUAGCUAUUUACUCUACUCCUGUUUUACUCAACUUUUUUUGUGUACCAGAAAGUCCACGAUGGUUAUUAACCAGGGGAUAUAACAGUAAAGCCAGCAAAAUAAUCCUAAAAUCAGCCAGAAUAAAUAAUAUAGAAUUCGAUAAAGAAUUGAUUAAAGAUAUAGAAAUAAAUGAUAAAGUUACUCAAGUUAAAUUUUGGAGAAUGUUUACAAAUUACAGAUUGUGUAUCAGGACACUUAUUAUCUAUUUUACGUGGUUUGCUGCCAGUAUGACAUAUUAUGGAAUUAUAUUAAAUAUGGGGUUAUUAUCAGGAAAUAUGUUUAUAAAUUAUGUGAUAACCACCUCUCUAGAGGUACUGGCCUAUGUAAUAGUUAUUACAACGACUGAUAGAAUUGGCCGAAAGAUGAUGUCAUGUAUUUAUUUGGUUAUAGCUGCUAUUUGUUUGACUUCUUGUAUUUUUACUGAGCUUUAUGCACCACCAGGUCUAAAGUGGAUAACAACUGUGUUAGCCCUCACUGGACAGUUUGCCGUCACCUCAGCUUUCUGUAUCCUCUGGUUUUGGACUGGUGAAUUAUUUCCAACAGAACUUAGAAAUACCGGGACUGGAACAAGUUCUGCUGUGGCGAGAAUUGGUUCUGUUGUCGCCCCUUAUGUUGGAUAUAUGAAAAUCGUGAUACCAGGAGUAUUUGGACGUAUAUCACCAUUUAUUGUCUACAGUAGUCUAUGUAUAUCGGCUCUAACAUUAUCAACUAUAUUUGUACCAGAAACAUCCCAUCUUACAUUACCAGAAACAAUUGAUGACUGUAUUCAACUGGGUCAUGGAUUUGGAAAACAGAAAUCCAAACCUUCACCAGAAGAAAUGAAAAUGCUGAAUUCAACAGUUAAAAGUUGAAGUAGCAAAGCUUAAAGUUCUAUUGCUCACCAUUUUGUUCACCAACAUUUCGCUGAAAACUUUUGACAUUCAUAUUACUAAAAUAUCGUAUUAGAAUAGAGCUGUUGUCUUUAAACUUCUUAAAAGUAAAAUAAACAUUUUUGUCC